GUAUUCGUAUAUUUUAUUGUGUUAUUACUUUUACAAGUUUAGUUUAUAUAUUUAUAAUUUUGAUAAGGAUAUAUAUAUAAACAAGUUUAUCUAACAAAGAAAAUGGGUUGCAACAUGGAAAAGAUGAUUCCCUCUAAAGAGGAGAAAAGAACGAUUUCACAGCGUUUGAAAGCGUGGGAUGUAAUCAAAGAUGAACUCCCCAUUAUAAAAACUCCUGAAGGGAAAGCUCUACGUGAGGAGUUAUUUGCUUCGAUACAUAAAAAAGAUGAAAAUAUGAUUUCUAUGGACGAGAUGCUAAAAGCUUUUAUCGAUAAGCUUCAUUUGGAUAAUUUCACAUCUCGUUUGAGGUUUGUGGUUAGGCGUUCCUUCAGUAAAGUUAAAAGUAUCGUUGGAGAUAAAAGUAACUCCGACAAAGCAAAUUUUGAUGAAUUUUGUCUGAUUAUUUCUUACAUCUACUUCCGUUUCGAACUGCGAAUUAUGCUUGACAAUAUUUUUAUUGAUGGUAAGGAUGUCUUCACUUUUGAUGAAUUUUCGAGCGCAGUUCCAGGUUUAAAGGAGUGGGGGUUGAGGAUUGGAAGUGCUUCAAGAAUUUUCAAAGAUAUUGACAAGAAAAAUAAAGAGUUUAUAACUUUUGAUCAAUUUUCCUCAUGGGGAGCUGGAAAGAAGCUGGCUUUAGAGAGUGAACAAGUCACGACUACAUAAAAUUAAUAGUUAUUUUUAGCAAGUUUAUUAAUAUGUAUCAUUUUAAGGAUUUGAAAUAUUAUUACGCAUUCAUUUGUAUGUUGAUUAAAUGCUCUGUAAAUUUUGAAUAUAUAUAUAUAUAUAUAUAUAUAUAAAUAUAUAUAUAUAUAUAUAUAUAGUGAAUAUUUGUUGAUGCAUUCAUACUUUUUUUUUAACCCAUUAAAUGCUUUGGAUAAAAAAAUAUAUUUUAUUGAGUUUAAAUGCAUCAGGCAGUUAAACUGAAAAUGUCUCAUAAAGAUUUUAUAAAGCUGAAAAAAGUGUUAUUAAUUGAUAUUUAAUUGAGCUGUAUUUAUGAUCAUUAGUCGUACCUUAAGUUACUAGCUUAAUUUCAUUUGUUGGAUCUUAA